AUGAUACCCCGAGACUGGGGUAAUAUGUCCCAGGCGGUUUGGAGGUCACCAUUGCUUCCACUAUCGUCGUCCACGACGGAGAAUGCUUGUGGAGAUAUCGGAAGCGGCACUCGUUUCAAAAGAGAUUUGCUUGCAUAUCUAGACGCGUACAACAAUAAGAAGAUUGGCGGCCUUGUGAGCCAACUGAAGAGGUAUGACUUCAGUAAAGUGAAAGCUGCACUGAUCGCUAGUGUUCCGUCAAGGCAACCAGUCAAAAAACUUGACUCCCGCGAGAGGACCCUUUGGGGCUGGCCGGCGCUCAAAGAUACCAUUGGCUCUAUCCCUAUAGCAAGCAACUCGAAUCGGAAACGGAAGCCACAUAUAGUGGUUCAGAUAUCAUCAAUAGCCACCCUAGGGCAGACGGAUAAAUGGCUAAAAGAAACAUUUUUCAAUGCACUAUGUCCCCGAUCCAGAGUUAAUGAUGCUUCCAAUGCCACCCUUGCGAAAUUCUCAAUUAUCUUUCCCACACCAGACGAAAUUAGAAGGUCCCUAGAUGGAUAUGCAUCCGGGGGAUCUAUACAUACGAAGAUCCAAAGCGCCUCACAACAGAAACAACUAGCAUACUUGCGUAGCUACUUGUGUCACUGGGCAGGGGACACUGGAGGCCCCAGCGAUUCUAAUACUGCUGCUGCUGCUGCUCGACAUAACGCAGGCGCAAAGCUAAUACGCGAAGCAGGCAGAAGGAGGGCUGCGCCUCAUAUUAAAACGUACAUCCGGUUUUCCGAUUCAGAUAUGACCGGCGUCGACUGGGCUAUGGUUACUUCCGCAAACCUAUCCACCCAAGCAUGGGGAGCUGGCGCUAACACGCAGGAGGAAGUGAGAAUAUGCAGCUGGGAGAUAGGGGUGCUGAUAUGGCCGGAUCUUUUCGGCGACAAGUCAGAUGGAGGCGAGGUUUCUUCAAAUAACCCUGUUGAAUUGAUUCCUUGCUUCAAAUCCGAUAUUCCCUCUCAAGAAUCACCACCCCCUGGGACCGACUCCACAAAUUCUACCUCGAAUUCAGGCGCCACGAAUUCUACUAGGGUUGGACUACGUAUGCCGUACGACCUUCCACUUGUUCCGUAUACUCAUCGAGAUGUUCCGUGGUGUGCCACAGCGGUGCAUAGGGAGCCCGAUUGGCUAGGACAAACCUGGGAAGAGAGUGGUUAA